AUGUUACUUGACAUAUCCAAGCAGAAGGCUAGGAAUCAAGCCAAGAGAGAUCUAGAUGAUAUUGGAACAGCUGUGAUUCCAAACAAACUUGAAGCCCCAGGUUCAUUCAACCUGCCAUGCUCCCUCAACUACAUGCACUUCAACAAGUGCCUCUGUGAUCUUGGAGCCUCUGUUAGUGUUAGGCAUUACUCAAUAGCAGAAAAGCUGGGAUAUGAAGAAUUCACGCCUAGUAACCUUUAUAUAAGUCUAGCUGAUGGUUCAAACAAGGAUGUGGUUGUUAAACUGGAGAACUUUCCAGUAAAGAUAGGCAAGGCAAGGAUUCCUACUGAUUUUGUCAUAAUAGAAAUGGAGAAAGAGCUUGAAGACCCAAUCAUUCUAGGGAGACCAUUAUUAGCUAUAGUUGGAGCCAUUAUUGAUGUGAAAAAGGUGGACUCCAAAGAUAAGGUUUCAGCUCAUGAGGAAUCUGUUCAAGACCUCAAAGUUUCAGUGCAAGAGUUGACUGAUCUAGUGAAGGAUCUUCAAGUGCAACUCAAACAGAAAUCUUUGAAGAAAGCAAGGCCAAGAUUCAAGCUCAAGAAGAAACAAGUUCAAGUGUCAAGGCUGUUAUGA